UGCGACUGGCUGUCAAAUUUACAUCAAAUUUCAAAGCUGUCAUUGUCAAAUAACAUCUAUGAAAUUACUAACAAUUUAUUAACAUUUUAGGACCAUAAAACAAGGUAAUUAUAAAAAACAUGGCAUCUGCAAUGGAUAUUGACGAAGACGAAGUAGAAAUGGCUUCUUCAAGCAGUAGCAAAGGAGACAAAAAGAGAUUCGAAGUAAAAAAGUGGAACGCCGUUGCUCUGUGGGCUUGGGACAUUGUGGUUGAUAACUGCGCAAUCUGUCGUAACCACAUAAUGGAUCUAUGCAUAGAAUGCCAAGCGAAUCAAGCAUCUGCUACUAGUGAAGAAUGCACAGUUGCUUGGGGAGUUUGUAAUCAUGCAUUCCACUUCCAUUGUAUUUCACGUUGGCUCAAAACUCGACAAGUGUGUCCAUUAGACAACAGAGAAUGGGAGUUCCAAAAGUAUGGCCACUAAUUGUUGCACAUCACACAAUAAUCUCUCACCUUAGAAGUGGUCUCAAUUGUCAUUUGGCAUAAUGUGUAACUUUUGCAUUAAGUUUUUUUAAUAAACCAACUGCGAGUACUAAAUUUUUUUGUUA